AAACUUUCAACAUCUGAACAAAGUGUCUCAAAAUGCACUUCCUUCAUUCCACCUCCGGCGUCACCCUGCUGUUCUGUCUGGGCACCUUCCUUGCGACCUCCAACGCGGCCCCCGCAAAUAGCCGGCGCGGCAGUUUUAUUAUCCCUGACUUUGUGAAACCUCAUUGGUACGGCGUCGGUAAAGACAUGCCGGAAAACAAUGCUCACUUUGGCCCGGCUCAGUUCUACCCUCCAUCCCACCAUGACCACGGGCCAAAGCAAGAUCAGGUCUGCCUUCAAUGCAGCUACGAAGUCGAUGCCUGUGUAAAUUCCUUCAUGAUCACUGGCACUACCGAUCCCGACAUCGAUGUUUCGCUGUACAGGCAAAAUUGCCAGUGCACGCAGGUUCGAGAUAACGCGUUCUGUCGCGACAAAUGUGGCCGCACUUGCCAGCAGUGGGAUUACGAGGGGCCCUACCUGACUGAAUACUGCCCUGGUUGUUACAGUUACGACUGGUAGACUUGAACAUGGGCUGGGCAUGACGAUACAAUCGAAGGCAAGAUCGGUGAGGAUGUGCACGUGACGUGGGAAACUUCAGGUGGUGGAGCUGUAGCUAAAGUGCCUGGAUCAUGAUCCGGAAGUGAA